AAACAGUAUGGAUAUAUUGGUCGAGUCUCAGAGAUUAACACUUAUCCUAUCAAAGCGUGUGGUGGCAUUACUCUGAAGAAAGCUGAAGCAACAAGGCUUGGUAUCAAGGUUAAUGGUUUAUAUGAUAGACACUGGUUGGUUGUGAAACCUAAUGGAGAUUUUAUAACAAUGAGACAGCAUCCAGAGUUAGCAUGUAUUGAAAUCAAUGUGGUUCCUGUGGAGAAUGAGUUUAUUUUGACAGCUCCUGGUAUGGAAUCAAUAACCCUUCCUAUUAAACCAAAGUCAGAUAGAAGCAAGGUUGUAAAAUGUAGGGUUUGGCAAAAUCAACUACAGGGUCAGGACUGUGGUGAUGAAGUUAGUCGGUGGUUAAGUGAAUAUUUAAAAACAGAGGGUAUCAGAUUAUUAUUCUCAGCGCCUGAUCUGAUCAAAUCCCAGGCGAACUCGAGGAACAAUCUGUGGGGCAAUUCAGCAGAUCCAGGUGAUCAGGGAGCAUAUCAAGAUGAAUGCUGUGGAUAUCUUAUUAUGAAUGAAAAUUCACUGGUCGAGCUGAAUACACAUCUGAAACAGCCAGUUACUUUUAGGAAUUUUAGACCCAAUAUAGUGAUUGAUGGUCCCAAAGCUUUCGAUGAGGAUUAUUGGAAGGAAUUAAGGAUUGGUGAAUCACUGUACGUUCGCAUUUUGGACCCCUGCGCUAGGUGUGUAGUCACAACAGUUGAUCCUAUUUUUGGCAGAAGAAGUGAAGAUGGUGAACCUCUGAAAACACUUUCAAGUAUCCGAUGCGUCGAGGGAUUGGGAAAAUCACCAUUUUUUGGUGUAUUAGCUACAGUAGACGAAUCUGGUCCAAUAAAGGUUGGAGACCCUGUUUAUAUG